GCUAACAAAACCUUUUGGAACAGAACCCAACAAACCAAUCUGAAUUGACCAGUGUUGUAAGUGUCAGUGUUCAAAGUAUGGUGUGGUGUUAAAGCUUUUUGACAACUGGGUAUAGGAUAUAUAAGCUUAGUCUAAACACUGUCGUGCUGCAAAUAAAAUUUACAAUUUUAACGUUAUCUUAAAAAGAGUGACUUUAAUAAUAUUUCAGUCAGCUAGCUAAUCAUCGCACUUACAACUUACUUCACUGGGCUACAAAGAAAUAACCCUCAUGGUGUUGCUAACAGCAUUUAAUAUAUUUAUUUUUGCAUCAUUAUUUGCAUAUUCUGUUUGUCUGACACCGAUUGUUAUUGUUCCUGGAAUUGGUGGAAGUCAAAUACAAGCAAAACUUGAGAAGAAUGCAACGGAACAUUACUGGUGUUAUAAAAGAUACGAAAAUUGGUUCACGCUGUGGUUAAAUAUUGAAGAAUUAAUUCCAUGGUUUUCUGAAUGUUGGGUAGAUAAUUUAAAGUUGGUGCCCAGUCCUAUUUCUGGUAAAAUGGAGAAUACACCUGGUGUGUAUACUAGGAAUCCAGGAUUUGGUGGAACAAGUGGGAUUGAGUGGUUGGAUCCAGCCAGUCAUGUUGCUGGUGUUUAUUUCUACCCUCUGAUUGACACUCUGCAUCGAUUGCUUGGUUACACACGUGGAAAAGAUCUUCGCUCCGCUCCUUACGAUUUUCGUUAUGAUCCAGAGUCUGCCGGUGACUACUUUGUUCGGUUAAAAGCACUCAUAGAAGAUACGUACCACUCGAAUGGAAACAAGAAAGUCAUGUUACUUUCUCACAGCAUGGGAACGCCAUAUUCGUUAUAUUUUUUAAACAACCAGACACAAGAUUGGAAGGACACUUACUUGAAAGCAUGGACCACAAUUUCAGGUGUUUACACUGGUGCAGUGAAAGCAAUCUUAGCUUACAUAUCUGGCGAUGGAUUUGGUAUUCCCAGCGUCCUUGAUAAACCUAAGAUUCUUCGUAAAUUUCAAAGAACGUUCAGUAGUCUUGCGUUCAUCCUUCCUGAUCGCGAGUUUUGGAAACACGAUGAGGUUUUGGUUAAAACUGCGAACAGAUCAUACACGGUGAACGAUUAUGAUAACUUGUUUGAAGACAUGGGUUACCCUCUCGCCCAAAAAAUAUUACGUGCCGUACCAAGAGCUUGGUCUGAUCAACCUCCCAACAUAAAAAUGUUUUGCUUUCACGGAAAUUCUGUGAAAACUCCGGGUGUAUUGAGCUAUCCCGACGGACAUUUUCCAGACUAUGCCCCUGAUAUUGAUUAUGUGGGCGGAGAUGGUACUGUGACAACUCGAAGCCUAAAAGCCUGUCUUAAGUGGCAAGAUAAACAAAAGCAGCCGAUAGUUCACGAAGAGUUUAGUGAUGGAGAGCACAAUGCUAUUUUGGGAGACGCAAGAUUGAUUCGUGCAGUUGUUCAAGCCUUACGAUCUGCUGAUUGAACGAAUAGUGAGAUGACGGCUGGACCUUCAUUCAACCCAGUGGUUACAAAAUAGUAUUUUCAAUAUUUGAGUUUUUUAUGUAGAGUUAUAUGAAAUAUAUAAGAUAAAAAUAUUAUACGUAAGUUGUAAAUAUAAAUAUAUACACGUUUUUUGAAUAUUUUUCUCAGUCAAGUUUUUAAAUAUUCGCGCAAGUACAACUUCCAAGUCUUUCUGAAAUCCGCAUACAUGACUCGCAAAUCUCGAGAUAACCAAACGUUUUUAUCACCAGUCCCGCGCGUUAGCCUACAACAGUUCGUCGUAGUUAAUAUUUAAAUGUACAAAAUAUAUUUAUAUACAGCAACACAAUUAUCACAAAUUUUGAUGAAACAAGAUUCAGAAUUUUACGCCUGUACUAACCUCAUUCUUGUUAAAUUUUGCAUACUUAGAGACGUGAUCGCGUGAGCGCUGGGUUGACAUCUCGUCUAAAUGUUGAACGAAAUGCACCAAUAUGUGCACAGAGCAACAAAAUGAUUUAAGUUAACGUUACUUGUAAAUUUUAUUGACAUGUUUGAAAUGUUUAAGAGACACGAUUGCAAGCCAUCUAUGACGUAUUCUAGAACUUCAAUCUUCAUCAACAUUUGUGUUAUGAUAUUUUUUGUCGUUUUGUUGUACAACAAACCUUACCACAAAUUCGUACAGUCAGCUGAACAACGAUUUUGCUUCUAAUGGAGACUAAGCUGAAAGUUGGGUCAUAUUCACCAUUAAGGUUAGAUGCGAAGGUUGGUUUUUCCACUAGUUGCGACCAAAACAGCAGUCGUAUUAAUGUUUUUACAAUGUAAAUCAAAUUUUUGUUCGUUUUCUAAUGUUAAGUGUAUUUUUUAGGUAUCUAUUUUUAAAAGCAAUAUAUCACUACAUCAUA